GAGUCUGCAAUGGAUAAGACUAUAGGGCUGAGUAAAUAGACAGAUAAGGGUGGUCUGAGAGUUUUGGGAUAAUGUUACCUACUGUCUGCACUAGAAGUAGCCAUGCCUAUUUAAUGUGAAGACUGACUGUUGAUUUCAUUACCCAGUGCAUAGACUGGUUCUUUGGACUAUUUAAUGUCAGAAGACCCACUAAUGGCAUAAAUGGAAAUGUUUUAUAAGGAUGCAAUGUAUCGUGUUCAGAAUGGAACAGGCAACAUUGAACAACUGGCAGGCUACCAGUGAGCACAUGUAAGACUACUUUGUCAGAAAAUUUUUUUUUUUUUUGCUCAGAAAUUUCUGGGUCUAAGUAUAAUUAUUUUUUUGGUACGUGUGCAGUUUCUGGAAUAAGUCUACUCAAUUCUUACAAGGCAGUAAUUUUUUUAUUGGCUGUGUGGGAUAAUUCUGAUGGUGUCAUAAGUGGUGCCAAGUUACUACUAACUUAGCAGUUUUCAGGAGUACAAUCCCUGCAGGAGGCGGUUUUUUUCUCCCACAUCUAAAUAGUGUAAGCCAGAUGUGUGUACUUAAAAUGCUACCAUAUUAUAUAAGUGUUUUUUUUUUCUGCUUUUUUCUUGAAAGCAGAGAUGCCUCUUCCUGUGGCAGUUUUACAUAAGAUCAUAAAUCAACGGAUUUCAGCCAGUUGGUUGUCAUGGCAACUUGCGUAAUUCUUGCACUGUACGGGAUAACCUGGAAAAGACUUAUUCGUUUGGGAGUUCUAUCUCACUGACUCCAAUUCUUCUAUCUUGCACCUUUUUUCCUGUCUUAUCAUUUGGUAAAGAUAAAAAAAGAAAAGAGUUUGUCGGGAUAAGUUACGGAAGAGAAGGCCACAUCCCGCAGACUGAUCUGACAGAUUGUAAUACUUAGACCCAGGAAAGGAUUUCAUUUUAGUUUCCUGGUUGAUAAUUCAGCAGUAUCUUUGCAGAUAAUUUUACCAAUUAAUGGGUGAUUUUUCUUAUUCUCUGGAUAUUGGAUCUUCAUUAAAAUGUACUGUUCCUGAAACCUGAUUUUUCUGGGUGCACACAGAGACGUCUGCUCUAGGCACAAUAUCAAAAAUCCAGCCAGUCAUUUUUAGCAUACAUUAGGAGUCAUGUUCAAGGAGCAUCAUUUUUUAUUCUGCAGCCGGAUGAUUCUGCAUGAACACAAUUCCAACCCCCAUCAUACACAGGGGACCGAUAUUCAUUCAAGCGCAUUCACUUUUGGAGGGUAGAAUGCAGCCUCAAUAGGCACACAGUUUAACUAGGCCUUCCAGACCCGUGCCUCUUACUUUCAGCCCUAAUUCUGUUUUGUUAACGUUACAUCAUAUUUGAAGAUUUUCUGGGUCAAGGUGAACCCUUGAUACAAGAGGAGACUCCAGGGUGCCAGCUGCAGCUUAUCUCCUGAACUUGUGUAGACAUAUAUAUAAAGAGUGAAAGAUUGUGCGGUCUGAAUCUUACCACAGGGAGUAAGCUAUUCAACACAGGUAUUUUAUGUGGUGAGAUUUAGCACAGCUACAACUACUUCAGAAUUGACUGUAUCUUUUUUAUCUUCACACACAAAAAAAGGAAAAUCCUGGAUUUAUUAGUUCUGUCAUUAAGGCAAGGCAGUCAUCGCGAGAUCAUAACUACAGUGUUUUAAUUGCAGCAUCAAAUGAGGGAAAAACUCAGGUGGUGAUCGGAUAGCGUGACCUCUGUUGACAUGAGAGGUUCCUGUACGCUUUAAAUCCUGCGUGUCCUCAUCAGACUAGGGUCAUUAUAUCUGGGGACCGGAGCAGAAAGAGGGUACAGUAAGCACAGGUAGAGAUGCAAACCCUGGGUGAGGCAUUGAGGAGAGUUAGAAGAUUAUAGAUAAUAGGAUCUGUCUGCCUUUCAUAUAUAUUGUAUAGAGGAACAGUUUACGGUCAUAGUCAUGAGGGAUCCAUGUCUUGGUGAUAUUGUAAAGAAUAAUUGAUGUAUCCUGUGUAUUGACGUGUAGGCGUUAAUGCAUGUUGCAGUAUUGGAUGGACAGAUCAACAACUGCAGAAUUCAUAGAUUUUUACGACGAGAUAAACAAACCAUUGGUGUUCGAUCAUCUGUUUUGAGCAUGAAACAAAAACUAUGAUUUUUUCAUGUAUCAAAUGGACAUGUGUGACUUUGUUUCAUUAUCAAAAAAUCACAAUUGGACAUUUUUGAACUUUGUGCCUUGAUAAAACCAGUAGUGAGCUUCUGUUUUUGUACACAGUCGGGUGUACUUUGUGCUUGAACAAUCAGAUGCAUAUGUGCAUGUUCUUAAACCAGUGGUGCAGCGCUGACUUUACAUGUAUUGGAGUUGAAACUCCGGGCCCCGGCUACAUACUUAUUUUCAAGAGAUAUAUACGUAUAUCAUUGGUAACAGUUCACCAUGUACAUGAUCGUGUUAUUGUCGCAGAAUGAUAUCUGUGGGUGAAGUGAGGGUGACAUUUACAGAGGCACAGUGACAACAGCGGGAAGGGAGGCGUCUUCAUGCAAUAUCAUUGGUGCUGCAUGUUUGAAUAUAAAUACCAGUGAUCAUUUCAACGGAGGAUGUUUUCCUGAGAAAUCCCGGUGACUACCAGCAGAGUUUGUAGAACAGACUCACUAUAAGGCAGCCUUACUAGGUUCCACGGUCUGACUGGUGGUCAAUUUUUCACGUUCUACUGCGUAUGGAAUAUGUACAUGUUUUUACACUGUCGGAUUUUUUAUUUUUGUGCAGUGAGUUUGAGUGUCUAUGCACUGGUGGUAAAUGUCCCGCAGAGGCAAUUACGACUGUAAUUACCAAUAGAUAAUUGGACAUUUAGCUGCCGCAUGGACUAUUUAAUCUAAAGAAAUUGCCUUAGGUGGCAAGAUAGCGAAAAAGCUGGAACAAUGAUUCUGAAAUUUUAAUGUUUGUAAUGUCACUGUCUGAAAUUCUUUUCCUGCUUUAGAGCAGUUAUGAAGUGCUAAAAUUCAGGAUGUUUCUGAAAUAGUUGAAGAAUAUCAAGGUAGGGUUUUUGAAUGAAAAAAAAAAAAAAAAAAACAAACCUAAAGCAAGAACGGGAUGUUUGAAACCAAAUGAUAUCAUGGUAUGACAGAGAUGCUAACCAUGCUGUCUAAAACCAUUAUUAACUGAGGUUCAAAGAUGCGAUGAGCUAUCAGUUGUAUUAUAUAAAGCUGGUGGCACUGUGGUAUCAUCAGCUGUUUUAAACAACGCCAACGUCACCGUUGCAGUGAUACAGUAUAACGCAAGGGGCUGUGGUUUUCCAUGAGGUAAAACGUGUACUGUAUCAAACAGCAUGCGAGUUGUGUAACCAUGCAUUGCUGCAGAACAGUCGUGAUUUUAAUUUUGUUCAGAAACCUUCCUACUGCUGCAGUGAGUAUUAACUGAACGUCAGGGAGGUUCUGCCAGGCAGAAGAUACUUUGCAAUACAUCAUUCAGAUUUUCACAAUUUUGGAGGAAUAUUAUUGAGAAUACUGUGAUACAUUAUUUCAUAACGUGUCAUUUACUAGACCACGCAUUGGCAAUUGCAGUUAACAGUGAGGGUUUCAAGACCUGCCACCCAAGGAGAUUUCGGCACUUGGUGUAACACUCAGUUUUAAGCAACUUUAAAGAUAAGGAUAACAGUGUUGCCACUUGCUGUGGUAUCAGAAACAUCAAAAUGUCCGAGUCUAAUUAUAAUUCACCGCGCUCAGUUCAAGUAGAGCCUGUUGUGUACAAACAGCGCACUUGGAGCGUUAUGGAUCCGAUACAUGAACACCACGAGGCGGAGCAUCAUGACGGGAAUAGACCGGAGGACCUGAGUUCGUUUGCGAUGCCCGUUCUAGACCAGGAUGCAUUGGAACCCCCAGGAAGCUCUGAAGAGUUCCGGCCUCGUUCUGGAUCGGGUGGACUUAAAUCACUAUUUCGCCCAAAUAAGAUAAGGCAGCGCCACAAAUCGGGCGAGGUUGUCGGUUCAGGCCCCAACUCAGCCAGUGGAUCACCAAAAGAGAAAGAAAGUGGAAGUGGGACGUCUAAAGUAAAAACUUUCUUUGACGCAUUUCGGCCUCGGUCCAAGUCCGAUGCAGCGGCCAUGAGCCGUCCAAGGAGGAAAAGUGGACCCGCGGGGGUUGCGGCCCCAAUUACAAGUUCUUCACUACAAGUCACAGGUGGCCUUGACGGAAUACGCCCGCGAGCACAGUCUGUCGGCAAACGACCGGAUCUAGUACGACCGGGGACAAAUAGUCCAAAUCAUAAUCUAGAUCCAUUAAUGGCCUCCAGAUCUCCAGUGAAAGCCAUGACUCCCAUGAGCCAGUUACUGGAAGAAGGGACGCGCGGAGGAGACGGGAAAUCCAAAUUGGCUUAUAACACACCACUGAGAGUGGACACAAGUAAUGGCAGCAAAUUCGGUGGACCUCUGUCGCCGACGGGUAUUCCACCAAAUGCUCCACAGAUGGGGAGGAAAAUGAGCCCUGGUCCACAACAGAUGGCCAGUUUGAGUCCUCAGAUGUCGCCAAACUCAGGGAACCAAUCUAUAUCACUAAAGAACUACACAGGGCUUGAGGCCAGCAGAGUGCCAGGGAACAAUGCGGGCGCGGUUCAUGGGCGGAGGUCACUCAGCGGCUCCGUCAGCCUGGACAGCACGGGCGGACAGAGGCUCCAUGUACAUAGCCCUAAACGGGUGAGUGUACACUAUAGUGUCGAUGAUACCAUUGAACCAAUGGAAAUGGGAGAAGAGGACGAAGAGAUGAAUUUUGCUUCCUUCAUGAGAGCUCACAAGUGCUACGACCUAAUUCCCACCAGUUCCAAACUUGUGGUCUUUGACACACAGCUGGGCGUGAAGAAGGCGUUCUUCGCCCUGGUUUACAAUGGCGUCAGAGCGGCACCACUGUGGGACAGCUCGAAGCAGGACUACGUGGGCAUGCUGACCAUUACAGAUUUCAUCAAUAUUCUACAGAAAUACUACAAAUCACCAUUGGUCAAGAUGGAUGAACUAGAAGAGCACAAAAUUGCCACGUGGAGAGAUGCACUCCAAGACCGGCACAAACCACUGGUGACCAUUACGCCCGAUGAGAGUCUGUUUGACGCCAUAAAGGCACUGAUCAGCCAUCGAGUUCAUCGUCUGCCUGUUGUGGAGGCGAAUACAGGAAACGCUCUAUACAUUCUCACACACAAGAGGAUACUACGAUUUCUCUCAAUUUUUUAUUCCGACAUUCUUCAACCUGGAUGGAUGAGGAGGUCACUCGGUGAGCUCAAAAUAGGAACCUACGAAAACAUAGCAACCGCUACUUAUGAAACCCCUAUCAUCAAGGCCUUGAACACGUUCGUGGAGCGGCGGGUCUCGGCGUUGCCUGUGGUAGACAAGGACGGCAAAGUGAUAGACAUAUAUGCAAAGUUUGAUGUCAUUAACCUGGCAGCAGAGAAGUCAUAUAACAAUUUAGAAGUCUCCAUAGCAGAUGCUUUGAAACAUAGAAAGACGCCUCACAGCCCCAACAACAAGCACGUGUACACGUGUAUGCCCAGCGAGAGUCUGACCACGAUCAUAGAGAGGGUCGUCAAGGCGGAGGUUCACCGGCUAAUUGUUGUUGAUGAUGAUGAAAAAUGUGUAGGUGUUGUGUCGCUGUCAGACAUCUUGGAUUAUCUGGUACUCAGGCCUACGGGUAUAGGAAAGUAUGCGGAGAAGAACGGCCUUACCAAGACAGCCCCAAGUGGUAGCAGCGACCAGAGCGCAGACACCAACCUUGACCAACUGCCCAGUGACCCUAUGAUGACGGCCCAGGCAUGACGCUGACCCCAGGGGGGGUCAGACAGGCCUGGCUGUGAGGGGUUUACAACCAUUUAAACCACACACUAACACAUACAUUUAUGUACUAGGGGAGUUGGCGCUGAAGAGGAAGCGACUUUAUGGCAAUUUGUGGUGACUGGUGAACACCAGGGGAUCGGACGAGAGAUUUUAAUUUACGCUGGGUGCAAGCGACCCAAUUAAACACCACACAGACAGUGGGUGAUUACAUACCAGAUGAGACGAGGAUGAAUGCUCUUGAUCUGCAAAUGAAUGUUUUCUGGCAUCUGAAAUUGAACAAUUUAGUCCGUGAAACAUCCCAGUGCACACACUACCUGCAAAAUAUGACAGGGUUUAAUGACAUUCUGCAGGAUAGCUAGUGAUGGUAGAGACCACGUUUCAUUUUACAUAACCAAACACUGUGUUAUAGAAUGAAUUGGAGGAGAUGAGGAAUGUACGGAAUGACAGGAGGUCAUACGUAAAAAAAGCACCUUCAUUGGCACAGCUUACCAGAUGGAAGAUUUAAGCGUGCCUAUAUUCAGGAUUCAGAAGGAAAGACAAAUGGGUUGUGACAGUUUAAUUAACGCAGUGAGUUUGGUGGAAAUAAAGCAUGGCAUAUGGUCUCCAAAUAGGAAACAUUUAGGAAGGCAUCUGCACACCGUGGAAAGUUGUGUCAGUAAAAUUGGAAUACUGUCUGCCAGUAAAAUUCUUCAAUAAAACAUUGGAAGGACACUUGUGAAUCAAUGUCAAACUGAUAAUGCUGUGGCAGGCAAAAUUUUUAAGUGGUCCGCCAUUGGAUUUAAAUAAUUGAUAACAUGGGCAGUUUGUAGUUUUUGAAAUAGACGUUUCUAUGAAUGUGAUUGGAAUUGGUGAAAUGCAGGUCCAAGUGUGGCCUGUUAUCAGGUCUGAACACUCGGCAUGGAAGUUUGUCACCUGCAAGCGAGAUGCACGAAAAUUCUUACCAUGUUUGUGCAGUUUGGUUGGUAUACAAAGCUGGCCUGCAACAAUGCACCUUAGUGGAAGGUGUUGCCAUGACAACAGCAACCACGGUAACAGUAAAAUCCUCAGUAACAGUAAAAUCCUGUAGUUCCUGUUGACAGGAGGUGCUCACUUUAAACAAGGUCUGUUUACCUGUUUGGAGACAGUAAAUGACUGUGUUAAUAGUGAUAAUUAAUAGACAAAAUGAAUGAAAAAAAAAA